AUGGAUCGGAACACUCCGUUGCAUGGAGCUCCUGACUCGGCCUCUUCUUACCGUAGACCGCAGCUUCACGGUGCUAUAGUUCACAGGCCCCAGGGUACGGAGCCCCUUCACUGGCAUUCCUCUGCAAAGGAUCACAGUAUCCGCGAUGAUAAGUCCGCGCCUCGCCCGCAGCUUGAAGCUCCGGGCCGGUCUCCAGGAAAGGCCAGACCAUUCCACGGUGUUAUGUCGCAGGGGGGACGAAGAUGUGACAGGGAGAAAAAUUACAUCUCCGUCGAGGUAGUAGCUGAAAAAGAUGUUCAGAUGAAACACAAAGAAAACCUCCGGGUACUAAGUGAGAUGCUUGAAUUGAAAACAAUCCUGACGUCGGAGAAGAUUGAGAUUUCGCAGCUGGGUGACCGAUAUACUGAACUGACAACUAUUUCUCCAUUACGUCAGUGGAAGCUCGUGGAACACGAACUCUUGUCACGCGGGAAAGAACACGAAGAAUGUCGAGAACAGCAUCUCCAGAGAGAAUUGGAAAAGAUACGAAUUGAUCAGUUAUUUCGGAGCAGUUUUACUGGGGAAAUGCGUUUGAUGGAGAGGUCAACUAGCGAUGCUGUGGUACUUAAUACGGGGUGUUCAGCGGUUGCCUGUGGAGUCCCAGGCAUUGGUAAAACAACAUUAGUGCAGAAGAUAAUUCAUGAUUGGGCGACAGGAACCAUCUACCCAUACUUCCAAUUUGUUUUUAGUUUUAAAUUCCGCGACCUGAAUAGCAUAAGGAGCAAAGUGACGUUGAAAGAUUUGAUAUUAAAUUCCUAUCCUUACCUGGCGACACUUCUGGAAGAGCUUUGGAAGAAUCCAACUUUGUUGUUUAUCUUUGAUGGUUUUGAUGAAUUCAAUGGUUUUAUUGAUUUCGCUGACAGAGGGGCAGUGACAGAGCCCAAACACACGUGCUUCGAUCCCGAGUGGCCGUGUGAAGUCUCUGAUAUAGUGUAUAGCUUAAUCCAGCGCAAGUUGCUCCCAGGAUGUUCAGUGCUGUUGACCACACGCCCGGCCUCACUAAAUUUACUAGAACAAGCGGACAUUAAUGUUUGGGUUGAAAUCCUGGGAUUUGUAGGUGAGCAAAGGAAGGAAUAUUUCAACCGUUUUUUUAGAGAUCGGGCGGUGGCAGAAGCUGUUUUCAAACACGUGAAGGAGAACGAGAUCCUAUACACCAUGAGCUACAACCCCUCAUACUGCUGCAUGGGAACGAACAUAGCGAACAUAACUUAUAACCGAAUGCGCAUCUUGAACAUUCGGAGUACAACCUACAUUCCACCCCCUCCACCUGCUAUAGUGGAGGAGCUUCUCCGCACAACGGUGCCUGCCUGGACAACGAGCCGAAGCAGCAAGUGCGGCAGCAAGCGGGACAGACGGGGACGGAGACGGGAAAGACGGGGGAGGAAGCAAAAGCGGGGCAAGCGGGCCGGCAUCCACGUUAGGCUGAGGAGCUCACCGGACCGACCAGCUUUGCCCAGCCUGUUUAUAGCGAACGCCCAGUCCAUUGUCAAUAAGAUCGACAAACUCAGACUGAGGCUUCACUCAAACAGGAUAAGUAGCUGUGCUUUCUUCUUUACCGAAACCUGGCUGAAUCCGAACAUCCCUGACGCUGCUAUUGAGCUAGCAGGUCGGACUGUUUAUCGAGCAGACCGAACAGCUGACUCCGAGUUUAUUACAGUGAAAUGUAGACCGUUUUAUCUGCCAAGGGAGUUUACAGUGGUGUUCCUCACUGCUGUUUACAUACCACCGCAAGCUAACGCUAAAUUAGCACUGGCUAGUCUGCAUGAUGCUAUCCACCAGCUGAAAAACAACCACCCAGACGGCGUGUUUUUAAUAGCAGGAGACUUCAAUCACGCCAAGCUGAAGACUAUUAUUAUUAUUAUCUUGGGACUUACACUGGGCCCUUUCUUCAUGCAUAAAGGCAGAGACCUGAAGCUAAUACCCAAGACAAUUACCCAACUGUAUUCCUACUAUGUUUACAACAUCUUGAAAAAACACAGCUCAGUGACUAAGAAUGUUUGUGACGUGUUAUUGAGAGUUGGUCAGAUGGCCUUCAUCGGAGUGUCUGAGAAGAAAAUUGUGUUUCAAAAUGAAGCUUUGAUGAAGCACAAUCUACAGCCUUCCCAGGUUUUGUCCGGGUUCUUGGUGGAACUUCCGGAGACAGUUACCACUGGCUCUCGGAUGGUGUACACCUUCCCGCACCUCACGAUCCAGGAGUUUGUAGCCACACUCGCACUAUUCCUAUGUCCAUAUCCAGGGGAUAUCAAGAAACGCCUCACUGAAGCCCACAGCGCGAAAGAUGGGCGAUUUGAGGUAUUUCUCCGUUUCGUUGCUGGCCUCUCCUCCCCAGGUUCAUCUAAACCGCUGAUGGAGUUUGUGGGUCAAUUUCCUGAGGAAAGCAUCCACCAAGUGAUUGAUUGGGUGAAGGAGAACGUGGAUAAUCAGAUUGGAAGCUCAUGGAGUGAAAGGGGCAAAAUGAAUCUGUUAAACACAUUGCACUAUCUGUUUGAGUCUCAGAAUCCUGCAGUUGCACAAGUCACAUUGGGAUCAGUACCAAGACUUACAUUUGGAGAUGCGGAUGCAAAGAAGGCAUUAUCACCCACACCAAUUGACUGUGCAGUGCUUUCGCACGCCAUUGGACUCUGUCGCACAAUAAACGAGCUUGAUCUUCGCAAUUGCUGCAUUCAAUACGAAGGGAUGCUGCGUCUUGAGGCGGUACUACACAAGUGCCAAGUCUUGAGGUUAGAAGGAAAUAACCUGGGAGAUUCUGGAAUAAAAAUACUGUCGAAGAUACUGACUGACUCCAAGUCAAAAACACAAACUGUCGGACUUGCAGAUAAUAAUCUUACACAUUGCUGUGCUGAAGAUCUGGUCUCGCUUACCACUGCAACCUCGCCGCUGAAGGAGCUGGAGCUGGGUUAUGACAAACUAGGGGAAUGCGGAGUAAAACUAUUGUCUGCGGCUCUGGGGCGCCGCGAGUGCAAACUACAAAAACUACGCCUGAAUAAGAAUGAUCUCACUUCUGCUUGUGCUGAGGAACUCGCCUGCGCUCUCUGCACAAAUCGCUCACUGACGGAGGUUGACUUGGGUGAUAAUGAACUAGGAGAUACUGGAGUGGAGCUCGUGUCUGCCGCUCUGGUAGAGACGGAUUGUACAAUACAGAAAUUGUGUCUGAAGAACAACGGUUUCACAUGUUCUCCAGCCGAGAAACUCGCUACCGUUCUUCGUAGAAGCCGUUCGCUGAAGGAACUGGACCUAGGUCAUAAUAAGCUGGGAGAUCGGGGAAUGAAACGACUGACUACGGCUCUGAGCGACUCAGAUUGUCAAAUACAGGAACUGAGAGUAGAAGACAACGGCCUCACUGACUCUUGUGCCGAGGAUCUCGCCGACGCUCUCUGUGCAACCCCCUCGCUGACUAAACUGAAUUUGGGUGAGAACUACUUGGGGGACUCAGGAGUAAAAGUGUUGUCUAGAGCCCUCAUGGAUCCCGAUUGUAAAAUACAGAAAUUGAGUCUGAACAACAACCAACUUACCGACUCCAGUGCACGAGAUAUUGCCUCCACUCUGAAUGCAAACAUUUCGCUGACGCAACUGGAUCUCGGUGAGAAUACGCUGGGAGAUUCGGGAGUAAAAAUGUUGUCUGUGGCUCUCAGAGAUUCGGACUGUAACAUCCAGGAGUUGGGUCUAAGUAGUAAUCACCUCACAGCAUCUUGUGCUCAGGAUCUGGCGUCUGCUCUCAGCACCACACCUUCAUUGACCGAACUGUCACUGGGUGAUAAUAAACUGGGAGAUGCAGGGGUGCGAGUGCUGUCUGAGGACACAGAAUGUAACAUCCAGGAACUGCGAUUGAAUAAUAAUGGUCUCACGCAGUCCUGUACCGAGGAUCUCGCAGCUGCCAUCACCACAAACGACUCUCUGACGGGGUUGUACCUGAAUGAUAAUAAAUUGGGAGAUUCUGGAAUUAAAGCGUUGAAUGCAGCCCUGGUGAAUCCAGAAUGCAAAAUAGAGAAGCUAGGACUUGGCCGCAUUGGACUCACUGAUUCGAUCCGAGAGGACUUCAUCAGCACUCUCAGUGCAGCUCGCGUAAUGAAGGAUGUCAGCCUGGAAACAAACUUGUCCUCAGACCAAUCUGGGCCAUCUUGCUGA